CUCUGGAAAGCAUUGAAAAGGCACAGGAGCUGGCAGAGGGACUAGGGAACAAGCUCGGCCUGCUGAAGCUCCACUGCCUAUGUGAAAGGAUCUAUCGCACAAAGGAGCAGCAGCGAGAAUUGCGUGACCAUGUAGUGAAGUUCCAUGAAUGUGUGGAGGAGAUGGAGCUCUACUGUGGCAUGUGUGGAGAGUCCAUUGGGGAGAAGAACAACCAGCUCCAGGCACUACCUUGCUCCCACUUCUUCCACUUGAAGUGCCUCCAGACCAACGGGACCCGCGGCUGCCCCAACUGCCGCCGUUUGUCGGUGAAGCCCGGCUACGUCUGAGCGCCGCGGGCUCGGCCGGGGACUCACGGAGCCGCUCCCGGGCCCCUCGGGCUGUGCCUGGUGGGGCGUCCUCGGCCUCCCCUGUGCGGGGUCGGCUCGGGCUCACAGCCCGGCCCCGCUCCCCUCCCCCUCGCUGCUGUGUACGGGCACUGACUGUAAUAAAGGGUUUCUGCGGGAGACCGCCCCGUCUGCCUCCAACGCCGGGCUCCGAGCACCGCCCCGCCCCGCCCCGCCCCGCCCCGCCAUGGCGGCACCGCCGCCAUCACUCAGCAGCUUUGGGGGCGGCACGUGACCCGUCGGCCUCUCCCCGCCCCGCCGGCAGAUUCGGCACGGCCGCGGGCGGCGGGGGCCGCGAUCGGGGCGGCGGCGGAAGCGCCGGGGGAGGGCAGGGUGCGCGGAACCUCCGGGACGCCCGUUCUGCACGUCCCGCCCGUGCCUGUGCCCCGCCCUGCUCCGCCGGGAACCCGCGGUGCGGAAUCUGCCGCCCCGAACCCGCCGCGCCGUGCGCGCGCCCGCGGGCCGGCGGAAAGAUGGCGUCCGUGUGGGAUGAGUCGGAGGACGGCGUCGGCGAGGAGGUGCUGAAGAUGUCCACGGAGGAGAUCGUGCAGCGCACUCGCCUCCUCGACAGCGAGAUCAAGAUCAUGAAGAGCGAGGUACUGAGAGUGACCCAUGAGCUCCAGGCCAUGAAAGACAAGAUCAAAGAGAACAGUGAGAAGAUCAAAGUGAAUAAAACCCUGCCAUAUCUUGUCUCCAAUGUUAUUGAGCUGCUGGAUGUUGACCCAAAUGACCAGGAGGAGGAUGGAGCAAACAUUGAUCUGGAUUCUCAGAGAAAGGGCAAGUGUGCUGUGAUCAAGACCUCUACACGUCAGACAUAUUUCCUGCCUGUUAUUGGGUUGGUUGAUGCUGAGAAGUUGAAGCCUGGAGAUCUGGUGGGGGUGAACAAAGACUCUUACUUGAUCCUGGAGACUCUGCCUACUGAGUAUGAUUCACGGGUGAAAGCCAUGGAGGUGGAUGAGAGGCCCACAGAGCAGUACAGUGACAUCGGGGGGCUGGAUAAACAAAUCCAAGAGCUCGUGGAGGCCAUUGUCCUGCCAAUGAAUCAUAAGGAGAAAUUUGAAAAUUUGGGUAUACAGCCACCCAAAGGAGUCCUUAUGUAUGGGCCUCCAGGAACAGGGAAGACACUUUUAGCUCGAGCAUGUGCUGCCCAGACCAAGGCCACGUUCCUGAAGCUGGCGGGUCCACAGCUUGUGCAGAUGUUCAUUGGUGACGGAGCGAAGCUGGUACGCGAUGCUUUUGCUCUCGCAAAGGAAAAAGCUCCUUCCAUCAUCUUUAUUGAUGAACUGGAUGCCAUUGGUACUAAAAGGUUUGAUAGUGAGAAAGCUGGUGACCGAGAGGUGCAGAGGACCAUGCUGGAGCUGCUUAAUCAACUUGAUGGUUUCCAGCCAAACACACAAGUCAAGGUGAUUGCUGCAACUAACCGGGUUGAUAUCUUGGACCCAGCUUUGCUCCGCUCUGGACGAUUAGAUCGGAAGAUUGAGUUUCCAAUGCCUAAUGAAGAGGCCAGAGCCAGAAUUAUGCAGAUUCACUCACGCAAAAUGAAUGUCAGCCCUGAUGUGAACUAUGAGGAACUGGCUCGCUGCACAGAUGAUUUUAAUGGAGCCCAGUGCAAGGCUGUGUGUGUUGAAGCGGGGAUGAUUGCCCUCCGCCGUGGAGCAACAGAGCUCACCCACGAGGACUACAUGGAAGGAAUCCUGGAGGUUCAAGCAAAGAAAAAAGCCAACCUGCAGUACUAUGCCUGAUCCCUGCCUGGUCAAGGUUGAGGCCUUGGCAGAGGACAGGAGUAGACUGGACUGUAUCACUUACUUUCUGUCUGGAAAAAAUAAAGCAUUUUUUCCCUUUAAAAACAAA